ACACCUGAUUUAACUCCCAAAGAGAUAAUAGAUAAUGUGACAUCGCUUUUUAAGCGCUUACACGUGCUGGUUAUUGGGCCUGGUUUAUCAAGAGAUGAGAUGAUGUUGGAGUGUGCUAAAGGUAUCAUAUUAAAUGCAAAAGAACAACAUAUACCAAUUAUUGUCGAUGCG